GUUUUAACUAGCCAUGCUAACACAGGUUAGCAGCCGCUAGUUAUGCUAACAAAGGUUAGCAGCCGCUAGUCAUGCUAACACAAGUUAGCAGCCACUAUCUCAUCCUGUGAGCCAUUCUGCAGGUUAGAGAUAUUAGUACUACUUCAGCGUCCCUGCUGAUCGAUAUUAGAUUGAUAAAAGAUGAUGGGAUUCACCAGAGGUCGGAGAGAUGCUGCCCUCUCUCUAACGUCUUCAAUUUCAUUACGCUCCUCAUCUCAGAGCCCUCCCCCUUUCCAAUCACGUCUUCACGUAAAAUAAAAGUUCAAUUAUGUUCUUAGUCAAAUAAAAGCGUGACCAUAAAUCACUUCAAUAAAAACCAUAAAGUAAUCUCAGCAUGCAGUGGAUAUUAAUCAGAGAAGAGAACGUUUCCCAGACUGACUGAACACCAGGGGAGUCUUUAAAGUGGUUGUUAAAGAGACCCUCAUAUGAUACACACCAUCCACACAUAAACACAGACACACACACACGCGCACACCUUGUUGCGUAAUAACCAUAAAAGUCAUUUAUUGCCCAUUGCUCCACGGGUAAAACGUUCAGCCUUAACGUACGCAGCGACCUAGAAACAGAAGUGAAAGGACACUUUUAUUAGAAAGCUACGUUUAUUUAAGGAUCAUUUAAGGUGGAGGUUGAAUGUUUACAUGUCUUGUCUGGUGAGACCGCCUCUCCAACACCGGGAGAACCGCGUCUGAUGGGGCAGCGAGCCGGGCUAGGGGGAGCAGGGAUAGGGGUAGCGGUGUUGCUGACUGCUGUGCUCCGCUGUGUUCCCGGGUACGUGGCGAGCUGUUCCGCUCCCCGGGAGAGGGCCUGUGACUUCAGCCCCGACUGUGAGGACGGCAGCGAUGAACUGGACUGCGAGGUGUAUCGGCGCUGUGACUUCCAGGAGGGGUACUGUGACCUGGUCCAGUCCCCGGAGGCGGUGCCUGGAUGGACCCGUCGACCCGGAGGUCCCGGGAUCAAACGCGACCACACCAACAACCAAUCAGCCUACUUCCUGUCUCUAGAGCCAAUCAGAGGCCAGGGAUCAGCAGCAGAGCUCAGGAGUCCUGUCUUCCUCCCCUCCCUCACCUGCCAGGUGAGGUUCUACCACCACACUGAGACCAGCGAUGGGGACCUCCAGGUGCAGGUCCGGGACCCUCUGUACGGCCGGACCACCCUGCUGUGGAAGGCCUCAACCGCCGGGGAACCACGGCAACCCAGCCCGGUCUGGGCGCCAUGGCGACGCACCGUGGUCCAGGUCACCAGUGACCGACCGUUUCAGGUGCUGAUUGGAGGACAGCUGUCAGCAGGCAAUGGGUCCUGGGAGGUUGUUGCCGUCGACGACAUCUCCUUCGAUCCAGGCUGUCAGCCCGCACACGAGACAAGGAAGCUCUCGGCCCCCCCCUGCGCCCCCGGCUUGGUCCCGUGUGGGGGGGGAGGAGGGGGGUGUGUCCAGGCCAGCCAGGUGUGUGUCACCCCCCAGUGUCCCCAUGGCGACGAUGAGAAACACUGCCCGGCACUCUGUGACUUCGGGACGGACGGCUGUGGCUGGCAUGAGGUCUCACCAGGCGAUGGAUUUGAUUGGGUGAGAGGACAGACAGAGGACGUCCCCCCAGACUACCAGGGUCACCCCGAACUCCUGGACCACUCCACCAACACUACUGAGGGUCACUUCCUGUUUGUGGUGCAGAACAGCAGCAGCCUGUCGCCCCGCGCCGUGCUCAGAGGACCUAGUUUCCAGCAGUCCUCUUCCUCCUGCACCAUGACCUUCUGGCACUACAACGCAGGCAUCUCGGUGGGGGCGGUGGACCUGUACCUGCGCGUCUCCGGCUCCGACGGCGACAACAACACGGUGCUGUGGAGGGCCUUCAACAGCCAGGGCCCCCGCUGGCACCGGGUGGAGGUCCAGCUGGGGCGCGUCCCCCGGCCCUUCCACUUGCUGCUGGCCAAGCUCAGCAUGGGCAUGUUCGACGGCGUCUCCGCCCUCGACGACGUCGCGUUCCGGAACUGCUCGUUGCCCCCGGCGAUGGAGGCGUGCCCCAGGGCCGGCCAGUUCCACUGCGCCCGCAGCGGCGCCUGCGUGGACCGCCUGCAGGUCUGCGACCUGACGGACGACUGCGGCGACGGCUCAGACGAGGAGGGCUGCGCUCCAGAGCUCCAGUGCGACUUCGAGGAGGGCCUGUGCAGCUGGUCCCAGGACGCCGGCGGGGCCGACGUCUUCGACUGGACCCGGGUGCGGGGCCCCACCCCCACCCUGAGCACGGGCCCCUGGAAGGACCACACGCUGGGCCUGGCCCGGGGCCACUACCUCUACAUCGAGGCCUCCGCGCCCCAGGCCUUCGGGGACACGGCGGUCCUGCUCAGCCCGGUGUUCCAGCCCACCCCGGGGGUCUUCUCAGGGGGCCAGGCUCCCUGUGUGAUGCGGUUCCACUACCACAUGUUCGGGACCCACGUGGCCCGCCUGGCCGUGUACAUGAGGACCACCUCCGCCGGCCGCGGACACAUGCUGUGGCUGCAGUACGGUAACCGCGGCGACCUGUGGCAUCGGAAGACCCUCUACCUCAACAGCGGCCGUCCCUUUCAGAUCCUGGUAGAGGGGACGGUGGGAGACGACUUCAGCGGAGACAUCGCCAUCGACGACCUGUCUUUCCUUGACUGUUCCCUGAACGAUGAGCCGCUGGCCUCGGUGCGGCCCACCGCCCCCCCGCCGAGGCCCGAGACCCCCAGCCCCCCGGCCGACCGCUGCCCCCCCGGCCUGGUGGCCUGCAGCGCCCCCCCCGGGUGCGUCCCCCAGGAGGCCCUCUGCGACUUCAAACACGACUGCGGCGACGGAUCGGACGAGGAGGGCUGUGUGCGGGAGGUGUGUGACUUCGAGGGGGGAGACCUGUGUGGGUGGAAGGGGGGGUCCUCCCUGGCCCAUGCCUUCCACUGGGCCCCCGAUCAGGGAGAGACCAUCCACGACGGGGAGCAGAACCACCGGCCGGUCCAGGACCACACGCUGGGGGCUCCGGAGGGCUGGUACAUGUGUGCAGACAGCUCUAAGGGGAGCUACGGCCACGCCAGCGACCUGAGGACGCCUCCCAUCUCCUCCACCGGCCCACAAUGCACCCUGGUGUUCUGGUACCACAUGGGAGGAUUCACCGUGGGGUCACUGCAGGUGUUGCUAAGGCACGGGAACGUCACACACGUGGUGUGGUCCCAGACCGGUAACCAGGGCAACCGGUGGCGGCGGGGCGAGGUGUUCAUCGGGAUCGCCAAUAGCCUCCAGGUGGUGUUUCGGGCGCGGCGAGGGGUCAGCUACAUGGGGGACGUGGUGGUGGACGACGUCAGCUUCCAGGGCUGCGCCCCGUCUCCGGGGCCCCGGCCCUGCGGCCCCCAGGAGUUCUCCUGCUCCAGCGGCCGCUGCGUUCCCCAGGACCUGCUCUGUGACUUCAUCGACCACUGUGGGGACGGCUCCGACGAGGACCCCUACUACUGCAAGGGCUUCCGGGGUCGCUGUAGCUUCGAGGUCGACCUCUGCUCCUGGCGCCAGAGCGAUCGGGACGACUUCGAUUGGCUGAUCAAGGCAGGGGCCCCCCCCAGGGUGGGGACGGGCCCCUCCACAGACCACACGGUGGGGGGCCCCGGGGGCCACUACCUCUACCUGGACGCGUCCUUCCCCAGGGCCCUAGGGGACACGGCGCGCAUCAGAGGACCUGAGUGGAGCCACCGCAGCACCCACUGCACGAUGCGGUUCUCGCUCCACAUGUCGGGCGACGGCGUGGGGGCGCUGGCCGUGAUGCUGGUGAGCGGCAGCGGCGGCGGCGGCGGUGGCGGCGGCGGCGGCGGCGGCGGCGGCGGCGGCGGCGGCAGUGGCGUUGGUGGCGGCCUGCGGGCGCUGCUGAACCUGACCGGGGAGCAGGGCCACUACUGGCAGAGCCGGCAGCUCACCCUGGCCGCGCCCCGAGACUUCAGGGUGGAGUUCCGGGGCAAGGUGGGACGCAACCCCAUGAGGGAGAUCUGCCUGGACGACGUGGUGUUCUCCCCAGGGUGCCUCCCCGCCCCGCAGGCAGAGACCCCCGACCCUCUGCCCCCCACAGGCUGUCCGGAAGGGUUCCAGCGGUGCUCCAGCGGGGGUUGUGUGUCUGAGGACCGCUGGUGCGACUUCAGGGACGACUGCGGCGACGGCAGCGAUGAGGUGCAUUGUGGGACGUCGUGUUCCCUGGAGGCGGGCCGCUGCGGCUGGAGCCCCUCCCCCGCCGACACCCUGGACUGGACCCUCGGGACCGGGACCCCCAACAGCGCCGGACCCCCCCACGACCACACCCUCCACACCCAGCAGGGUCACUUCCUGUUCCUGGCCUCCAGUCCGGGGGGUGUGCGUGGGGAUAAGGCCCACAUGAGGAGCUCUGUGUGGAGGGCCUCAGGCCCCUACUGCCGGCUCUCCUUCUGGUACUACAUCUCCCAGCAUGCCUCAGGAACCAUCCGCCUGCUGGUCAAGACGGAGGAGGUUCUGCAGGAGCUGUGGAGGAGCUUGGUGGAGGAGCAGGGGAUCGGGUGGAGGAGGGCGGAGGAGGAGCAGGGUAAUCGGGUGGAGGAGGGCGGAGGAGGAGGAGCAGGCAGAGGGUGGAGGAGGGCGGAGGUCAUGCUGAGCAGCAGGAGGAACUUCGAGGUGAUCUUCGAGGGGGUCCGGACCCAGGACCUAGGGGGGGGGGCCGCCCUGGACGACCUGGAGUACACACGCUGCGCUGUUGGCCCAGGCAGCUGUCCGUCAGCCUCAGACUUUGUGUGUGGGAGCGGAGAGUGCAUUGAGUCCCGCCUCCGCUGUGACAGCAAACCCGACUGUCUCGACCAAUCAGAUGAAGCCGCAUGUGACCAUAUCUUCAGCAUGUCAGGGGCGUGUAACUUCAACAUGCCAGCCGACCAAUGGGAAGAGGUCUGCCAGCUCACCCAGGAAAAGCACGACGACUGUGAUUGGACGAUCGCCCAUAUAAGUCACACACUAGGAAGUGGACCUCCUGGUGAUCACAGCCCAGGAGGUGAAGGGGGGUUCCUGUACCUGAACUCAGCUGCCCAGAGGGAGGGGGAUGUUGCCAUGGUGACGACCAGCAGGCCGUUCCCCGCCAGCAGGGGGCGCUGUCACCUCCGCUUCUGGUUCUACAUGCAGGGCUCCGAGAGCAUGGGCACCCUCAAGGUGUACACAGUGGGGGCCAGCGGGGUCCGCCUCCUGAUGUGGGCGACCGGCGGUAACCACGGCGACCAGUGGACCUACGCCAGCGCGGUGCUGUCCAACCCCACGCCCUUCAGGGUGACCUUCCAGGCCCAGGUGGGGGACUCGCGGACAGACGUGGCCCUCGACGACAUCACGUACACGCCAGAGUGCAUCAUGGGAGUGCACCAUGGGAGGUAUGACAUCACACACACACACCAGGGGAGGUAUGACAUCACGUACACGCCAGAGUGCAUCAUGGGAGGCGAUGCCACCCCGGCGCCCCCCCACUGCGGCCCAGGUGAGUUCCAGUGUUCCCAGUCCUCCCAGUGCAUCCCCCUCAGCUGGCUGUGUGACGGACAGCCGGACUGCGUGGACCAAUCGGACGAGCGGAGCUGCCCGGCGCUGGUGCCCGGGACCCCGCCCCCCCAGGGGGGCUGUCCCCCGGGUCACUUCCUGUGCGCCGACAGCUGCCUGCCCUCGCUGCUCCGCUGUGACGGGGUCCCGGACUGCCCCCCUCGGCGAGGACGAGGCGCCUGCCCGGUGCGGCGGUGUGUGUCGGGGUCUCUGGUGUGUGAGACCUCCUCCUCCUGCCUCCCUCUGGACCUCCGAUGUGACCGCACCCCCCACUGCCCCCCCUACCUCCCCGACGAGUCCAGCUGUCAUGUCGUUUUGUCUCGCAGGAGGAACGUGCACAGUGGAGAGACACGGGCCGACGUGCGCGUGAGUACAGAGCGACCGCGGCACACUGCGAUGGUACCCAGCAUCACUGCGAUGGUACCCAGCAUCACUGCGAUGGUACCCAGCAUCACUGCGAUGGUACCCAGCAUCACUGGGAUGGUACCCAGCAUCACUGGGAUGGUACCCAGCAUCACUGGGAUGGUACCCAGCAUCUCUGCGAUGGUACCCAGCAUCACUGGGAUGGUACCCAGCAUCACUGGGAUGGUACCCAGCAUCACUGGGAUGGUACCCAGCAUCACUGGGAUGGUACCCAGCAUCACUGCGAUGGUACCCAGCAUCACUGCGAUGGUACCCAGCAUCACUGGGAUGAUACCCAGCAUCACUGCGAUGCCCAGGUGGACAGGAAACCGCUGUCAGGUGAAAGAAAAGGACACGCCCCUAACCACCCCCCCCCACCUCGCCCACCCCACCGUCACCGCCACCUGGCUCACUUCCUGUUUAAUGUACUUCCUGUUUCUGCCCUCUUCAGACUCUGUGUUUGUGGGCGUCACCCUGGGACUGGUGCUGGCUGUCAUGGCAACGGGACUGAUGGUGGUAUUCACCAAGACGUGA